AUGGUCGUCUCCAGUCUCUUGUCCUCGUCCAACGUGACGUCGUCCCGCCUGCCUCACCUCCACUCGUUCGUCGUGCUCACCAAACAAUCGUCCAGUCGUCACUUCGCCCACCGUCGCAAUAGUACCUCCAGCAGCAGCAGCAGCAGCAGCUCCUACUCCGCCGCCAGCUGUGGCACCAACAGUGACGAGUCGGAUGCGUCCGACCUUGAAGUAGACGACUGUUCCAUUGUGUACGAGUCGUACGCUGCUGUAACCAAGCGGAGCAGCCAUCCGUUCAUCCCUAUGAGCUGGGACGAUCUCCAGCUCGCCCAGAUUUCGGGGCCAAUUGACGCUCUAGGAGCUACACUGCGUCAAAAGCGCCGCAGCAGUAUCGACGGUGGUAAUCCACUGGAAUCCACAGCUUUAGAGCUCUGUUUCGAGUUCCUCACGAUCAAAGAGCUGCUCCAAAGUGUCGUCCACGUUUGUGUCCUCUUUCACGACGUUGUCGUGCAGUCACAGACGCUCCUCACGGGUUCGUACUGUCGUCAGUGGCGAGCCAACAAGAUGCUGCCCAAGUCAUACGUGACACUUUGUUACCACGACCAGCUCACGCUGUGUACUGCACGUCGAGCUGGUGCUUUGUACGAGCUGUCGACACGCAGUGCGGUGAAUCGCCUGCCUAAUGGCACGUACGACGUCGUGAACAACUCGAUGCUGCGCAAUUUUGCCACUGGAUCCAUUGAUUCGAUCCGUGGCGUCAAGAAACUACCGCUGUUAUCGUGCGCGCAGGCUUUGCACAAGCAGAUAUCCUACUUCGAAGUGAGUCUCCAAGCAAGUGGAAGUGUCGGUCUUGUGUCGAUCUCGAACGGAGCUGCUCGAGGGGCUUAUGGCUUUGGCUCUCGUGAGCACGUUGGCUGGAAUAGCGUGUCGUAUGGCUAUCACGGCAACGACGGUGACUUUGUGUUUAAUGAUGGUACCAAGCCCUACGGUGGAGAGCGACAUGCUUUUGGUCCAUUGUGGGGACGAGCUUCCACAGCUCAAUGUAAGCAGGAGAGCCCAAGAGUUUUAACAGUUGGCUGCGGUCUGGAUGCUGGCAAACGUGAAGUCUUUUUCACGCUCAAUGAAGAGAUGGUUGGCGUGGCACGAAUGACAGAGGUGCUACCUGGUGACUAUGCUGCUGCAGUGUCCCUCCACGCCUUCGGGGACAGAGCUGUCAUAAAUGCUGGUGCGGCGCCGUUCGUCUUUGACAUCGAGGCUUUUUGUGCAAGUCCUUAG